UUAUCACCAUUCCGGAAACCUGUUCGACUGCCACCACCGCCGCCUUCGGAUAAUAAUAAUGAUUGAUUGUCAAUAAAUAAUUGACACCAGUUGGCUGGUUAAGUUUUUGCUCUGCAUUUUCUGUCGUGUUUAUAUGGUUUUCCUAAGCCAGAAAAACGAAUUUACAAUUAAGAAGACCGAUUACACGACAAAUUCUUACAGGACUAGCAUGCGCGGUGGCCAAUAAACAAUAAUGGCUUUUCUGUGUCCCGUGAGAAUACGCCGAGGCAAGAAGAAAAAAAGUGGUUCUACUAGCGACUUGGACAAAGAGGUGUUAAGAGGAACCAAUGCUAAUGGACCGGUUCCUGGUAUGGGGCGUAUUACUGGUAGCGCAUCCAUUGAAACACUGGUGCGUGUUGGGAUUGAAAAAGAAAAUGGUUUGUCGCCUGAUAGCAAAAUGGUUGUACUUCACGAUUUUACACCUUGCGUCGAUGAUGAGCUAACUGUUAAACGAGGCCAGGUGGUCAACAUCCUAUAUCGAGAAAAUGACUGGGUAUAUGUAAUUGCAGAAGAUAGUCGUCAAGAAGGUUUUAUACCUCAUUCAUAUUGUACACCUUACAAUUCACAACUUGGUGAAAUAGCUUUAAAUAAUGUUAAAAAGAAAUUACCACGUGCACCAGCUGCCACACCAACUGAAACUGUUGUUGAAGUUGAAAUCAGUGAGCAACAAAAACAUGGUAAUUGUGGUGAUUUAUCUGAUUGUGAAAGUUUUGGAAAUAAAAAUCAAAACAAACAAAACAUUAGUAGCUCUAGAGCAUCUUUAUUAAGUGCGUCUUCACAUCCUGAGAUUCGGCCUUUUUUUAAAGAUCCUGCAGGGCGUUACAUUGUGUUAUACACUUUCAUAGCAAGAGAUGAAAAUGAUGUUAGUGUUGAGAGAGGAGAAUUUGUGACUGUAUUAAACAGAGAAGACCCUGAUUGGUAUUGGAUUAUUCGUAGUGAUGGACAGGAAGGUUUUGUUCCUAGUGGGUUUGUAUACCCAGCUGAUAUAAUACAAGGUCAUAUAAAUCAAAUGAAUAAUAAUCAGUGCGCUGGUACUACUAAUACUGGACUACCUCCAGUUACACGAGCACGGCCCCGUAAAAACUCUUGUGUGGCUGAUGAUGAUCCAGCAAUUCAUGGUACUGAAAUGGUAAUGCUUUAUGAUUAUAAGCCUCAAGCCCCAGAUGAUCUGUCAGUUAAGCGUGGUGAAUGGAUAUAUGCAGACCUUGACAAUCAAAUGGUCGAAGGGUGGUUAUGGACCUAUGCUCCCAAAACAAGAAAAUAUGGUUUCAUACCUAAAGCAUAUGCUCAUCCGCCUGCUAUGACCAGUUUGUGAAUAUAUUACAGCUGAUAUUGUUGGCUAAUAUCUGUAUAAAAGUACUAUUUUAAGUAUCAAAUAAGAACCCAAUAAUAUUAUGUAAGCUGAACAUAACUUCUUUAUUUCUGUUUACUAUUCUUCUUAUAACUUCGAUGAUCUUUUAAAACUAAUAACUGUGAUAUUUUGUAGGAUAAUGGGAUUGGUAAUAAUAAAAUAUUUAGACAAAUGAAUAUAGUUUCAUAACAAUAGGAUUCUUAAUUUUUUAUAAUAUUACCAUAAUAAACUAUGAAUUUAUUGUUUGGAAGAAUGAAAAUAAAAUUUAGCUCAUGAGUUAGAUUUAUAUUUAAAACUAAAAUUAUUUAAAUUUCAGUUAAUCUUGUCUCAAUAAGUAACUUAAACCUUAAAUACUCUUUGUGAAAGACUCUUGAAUAAUAUGCAUUAAUUGUGACUUAUAAAAUAAGUUGGAUAUUAGGAAGAAUUAUUGAAAAGCAAUAUUCAAAAUAUUUCACUUUCUUUUAUUUAAAAAUAUUCAAUUUAAUGGUGGUGAUGUAUAUGGAUUAAAUAUGUCAAUAAAAAAAAAGGUCAGAAUUAUGAUUUUUACUCUUUUUCAAUGGCGGCAUAAGUAAUUUUUUGAAGACCGUUAUUAAUUACUCCAUCAAAAAAUAUCUUAACAAGAUUUGAAUUAUCAGAAUUUUACUGUCUAAAAAUACAGAAGCAAUUUUAAUUUAAAUGUCUUAAAAAACUAAAACAA